AUGGUUGGCCUUCCCCCAGGAAUAAGGCUGGCAUCGGCCACAAAGAGUGCUGAUGAAACCCACUAUCCCCUUGACUGGGGACGAGGCAUAUUUAGGAUGCAUUUUCUGCCAGCGAUUUCACUUGACGAUGCUUUACUGGCCCGUAUUGUCAGGCUCCUUGCCAUCAAGUCUCAUGCGCACUGCGCACUGCGGACUGCGGACUGUGGACUGCGGACUGGGCUAUUGGCUGAGGCUGAGGCUGAGGCGUUGGUAUUCCCUGUCUACGUAGUGCGCAUGUCUACAUGGGUGGUUUCGCGUUAUGGAGUCCUACAAACCAACAUAUGCGAGCAUAAAUAA